AUGGAGGUUGAAAUACUGACAGUCGAAGUAACCGGACCAGUUUUAGCGGCUGGCAAGUCCCUGCCAAAGCGUCCAGACAGGGGUGGACGAAUCGGAAACGCCAUCACGGUUCACGUAAACUGUUGGGAAGCAAGAAUCGCCGAUAUGAGCAUAUACAUGUAUGACAUUGAGGCACUAAAACUCUUUAAAAUUGCGGAUGGCAAAAAAAUAGGAAUGAAAUUUGAAAAACCUAAAGCUCUUCGGGAGUUUCUUCGGCCAGUUAUUGACCGUUUUCCUGGCGAUACUUUUUAUGAUGGAGGACGGAUAGUCUAUUCUAUCAGGCCACUGAAGGAUGUCAGUACGGCAGGACUUAUUCGCGAGGAGUCCGUUCCCGAUCCAACCAAUCAGGAUGAGCUUUUUGUAAAAUACACCAUCAAGAGGGUGGGCGAGGUCAGCUCCGGCGCCCUGGCUAGCUACGUGGCAAAUCCCAAUGCCUGCACGUUCAACAUACCUCAAGAUUCAAUCAACAUGCUUGAUUGUGCAGUCAAAUGGAUCAAUCGGGUGAACUUCCUCAAUUUUGGUAAAACAGCAAGCUUUUGCCCGCAACCCCUACAGGAGGUGAGGAACAAGCUGUUUGUCAUUCAUCGCGGCUUCUUUGCCAGUCUGAGACCCCAGUGGAAAGUACGCCUGAACAUAGAUAUGGUUCACAAGGCAUUCUUCCCUAGCGGCAACUUGGCUGAUAUACUUCACAAUAAAUAUGGCGAUAAUAUGUUUUCACCUACGACCUGGAGAGCAAUGUCACGUGACAUCGAACUCUUACGUGUGGAGGCCUCACAUUACAAAAAUGAGCAAGGUAAAUUCCAUUUGUUCUUGAUGAAGUAA